UGAUUCCUUUUCUCGUCGUUCGAGCAAACCAUCGGCAAUUAUCGUGGGACAACAGUCCCAACUGCGCACCUGGGGGGAUUGUCAAAAUCAUAGUCUUGUGUUAAGUUGAGGCGGAGGCUGUCAACUGCAUUUUAACGUGCUUAGGCGCACACACUGACGUUCCAAGGGAUCUCGGGACUUGCGAAAACGACUCUUUUCCUCCCUGCCUAAUUCCCUCUGUCCCUCCCUCUUUCACUCGCCUUCUCUUGCUCAUACUCGCUCUCGCAGCUCUUACAUUCUCUCGCACAAUCUCCCUUGUCAGGGAAAAGAAGCGACGGGGCGGUGGCGUUGUUGGAUUCGUUUGCUCGCGUGCCCCCCGUACCCUCAAUGGUACACAUCUGGACGCGUGAUUGACAGUCAAAUCUGGCAAAGGAUAGUGAGCUGUUACCAUGACAACAGAGACUGGCCCAGAGUCAGAGGUUAAGAACGCGGCAGAAGAGCCCCCCCAGCAGAGGGGGGCUGCCACAGGGGUGCAGGACUCUGCUGCUGAUGGCAAGAUGGCCAAGCAGGAUCACGACACCAAACUUCUGGAUGACCACGGGACCAUGGAUGAUGUUUCGGAGAAGACCACACCCAGCAAGACCCCCAAAUCCCCCCAGAAAACAUCCAAACGGCCAAAGACUGUCCCCUUCAAGGUGACUCUGUUGGACUCUUCAGAGUAUGAGGGUGCCAUUGAGAAACACGCCCGUGGACAGAACCUGCUGGACAUGGUGUGUGAACACCUCAAUCUACUAGAGAAGGACUACUUUGGCUUGACAUUCUGUGAUGCUGACAGCCAGAAGAAUUGGCUUGACCCCUCCAAGGAGAUAAAGAAACAGAUGCGCACCACCGCCUGGCACUUUGCCUUUGCUGUCAAGUUCUACCCUCCGGAUCCCUCCCAGCUUACAGAAGACAUCACCAGGUAUUACCUGUGUCUACAGCUAAGGGAUGACAUCCUGUCAGGCCGUCUGCCGUGCUCCUUUGUCACGCACGCCCUCCUGGGCUCCUACGCCGUGCAGGCCGAGCUGGGAGACUACGACCACGACGAACACGGCUCUGACUAUGUCAGUGACUUUCGCUUUGCUCCUAACCAGACACGUGAACUGGAGGAGAGGGUGAUGGAGCUGCAUCGUAACUACAGGGGAAUGACUCCUGCAGAGGCAGAAAUUAACUUCCUGGAGAAUGCCAAGAAGCUGUCCAUGUAUGGGGUAGACCUCCAUCAUGCCAAGGACUCGGAAGGGAUUGACAUCAUGCUGGGUGUGUGUGCCAAUGGGCUGCUGAUAUACAGGGACCGCCUGCGGAUCAACCGCUUUGCCUGGCCCAAAAUCCUCAAGAUCUCCUACAAAAGGAGCAACUUCUACAUCAAGAUCCGUCCAGGAGAGUAUGAGCAGUUUGAGAGCACCAUCGGCUUCAAGCUGCCUAAUCAUAGAGCUGCCAAGAGGCUGUGGAAGGUCUGCAUUGAGCACCACACCUUCUUCAGGCUGGUUUCCCCAGAGCCCCCUCCUAAAGGAUUCUUGGUGAUGGGCUCCAAGUUUCGCUACAGCGGGAGGACGCAGGCCCAGACCCGGCAGGCCAGUGCUCUAAUUGAUCGUCCUGCUCCACAUUUCGAGCGCUCUGCCAGCAAGAGGUACCUGCUGUCUCGCAGCCUGGAUGGAGAAUUCUCCCGCUCAGCCUCUGCCCUCGGGGAGAACCAGGAUGGCAUAUCUCAGCGCAGCACCACCGAGCAUCCCUGCCUCCCAGCCGAGGAGGAGCAAACCCAGGAACCGGACCAGGGCCAGGGACAAGACCAGGACCAGAGCCAAGACCAGAACCUCGAUGAGAACCAGGAUAGCGUCACUACGCCCACCAAAAAGAAGGAGCUGAAGAGUGAAGAACUGCCAACUGAUGGCAUCAAACAGGAGAAGGAGGAUGCAGAGUCCCCUGUUGACACUAAGCAGGAGUUGGACCAGGAUUCAACCCCUCGACACAAACAGGAGUUUCUGGAUAAGUCAGAGGAUGUCCUUCUGAAGCACCAGGCCAGUAUCAACGAGCUGAAGAGGGCCCUAAGGGAGCCUAACAGCAAGCUGAUGCACAGAGAAAAGCGACUGUCGGGCACAUCUCCAGAAAAGCGCCUGUCGGGCACCUCGCCGGGAAGCACGCCCGAGAAGAAGGCUCUGUCGACGGCUGUGAAUGGCCACACUCUGGAGGGCUUCAUCCAGAAGACUGUGGUGGCAUCUCCAGAGGGUUCUGAGGAGUGGGUAUUGAUUGAAAAACAAGAUACUAGUCAACAGGACCAUGACUCAAAUGAGGAAAAGUGCAAAGCUGUCACCUCUCCACAGCCCUUAAUGUCUGAUCCCCCUCGGGAAAGAUUGAGAGAAUUGGAAAAAGAAAGAGAGGUUACCAAAAUGAUACACAUCGAGGUGACCGGAGAUGAUGGUCAGGAAGAGAAUGUCCAGAUGGACAACUUUCCUUCACCUGGUAAAAGCAAAGCAGAAGUCACAGAAUCAACACUAAAGAGUGAUGAAGAUGCAGAAGCAGAAAUAGCUCCAUCACAAAGCGAAGCCAGUGACUCUGAUAAAUCCGCUACAGGAAAAUUGCAAGAUAACACACAUCCCACCGAAGUCUUGAGGGCUGAAAAUGAGGAUGAAACUGCUAUUGCAGAAGCAAAGAAAGAGCAGCAACCAUACAGAGAGCGCAAGAAGAGGAGGCCUCAGAGUCUGAACCUAGGAAUGGCGACUGAGUUUGUGUAUGAGAAAGAGGGUGAAAGGUCAGAUGGUGAGGACUCAAAAGAAUCUGACAGUGACAGCUCUCAAACAAAGACAGAGCAGGAGGAAGAGAUACUUUCAAUCCAAACUGUGGAUGCUAGAUCUAGAGCACAGGAGAACAUAACAUCUAGAACAGAGGAACUAGUGUCUGUUGAGAUGUUUUCUCAGAUGAGUAAAAUGGAGAGACCAGCAGAGACAGAGCAUACAGAGGAGAUGCCAGCUGUAUCUGUGGGUCUGAGGGAUAAUAACACUGAUGGUGAGGUUGGUGAAAACAAGAGGACACAGGAACAAGGCAUGGGAUAUGAGUUGCAUUCUCAUUCUAAGGAAAUAUUAAUCUCCGAUGAUGCAGAAAAAUGCAAAGAAGAUCAGGCCAAAGGCCAAGGCACUGAAGAUGAUAGACUGUCAGAAGAAGUUGUGGGCUCAGCAAACGGUCCUAGAGAAAUGGAGAAUGAGGAAGUAAAAGAUGAAGGAGGAAAACAGGGCCAGAUGUCACCAAAGUUGCAAAGCUGGGAGGCAGCCCGAAAAUCAGAGCUUACAUGUGCUGAGCAAGAAAGUGAGGAGACAAGAGAGACGAAAAUUAGUGAUGAGACAGCUGAAAAUUCAGAGGAAGCUGAGCAAAAGAAUUCUGGGUGUGUUUUGGAAAAGAUUUCCACAGCUGAAGGAGUAAAGAUAGAAGAGGUGGAGAGAAGGCCUAAUCAUAAAGGAACAGGAAUUUGCCAGGGAGAAAUAACCAGAAUUGUUCCCCUCAAACCUGAACGAUCAAAGAACUCAGUCUGCAAAGAAGAUAAGGACAAGUUUACCCAGCAAGUAGAACAUAAAGUUGCAAACUUUGGUGCAAGAACAGAAGGCAGUCAGGGGCAGGAAUGUGUGGACAGGCUGUCUUACAGCAAGAAGACAGAGGAAGAUUUCCCAACCUGUCAUCCAACAAAUGCUCAUCCAGUUCCCAGCCCAACUGCAACUGAGGAACCCUCCAGCCCUCAGGGAAAAGAGGACAGAGAGUCUCCCCAGUGCUCAGAGGAACAAGAGCUGCAAGUUAUGGGGGUCCUAGUGAAGGAGGCUACUCAUUCUGAAGAGGUGAUGCUCAAGCAAGACAAGCCACAGUCUCAGACUAACCAGACACCCACAGAGCCCCAGCCCUUUGGUGCAAAGUCCUCAGCAACCCACAGAAAUACCCCUCCAGCACCUCCCGUUAAAACCCAGAAGGCGAGAGAAUCUGGGCUUAUACUUCGGAACAGCCGCAUCGCCAGCAAGGACCCUAGCCUGGACACGGCCAGGAAGAGAAAUGCGGAGCCCCUCUCCACUCCCGCCAUUCACGAAGAGCCGCUAGACGAAGCCCAGAGGGAGCCCUGGGAGAGGAGGCCGGGCUCCGCCUCGGAGGAGGACCAAGAGCGCGACGCGCCCUACAUGAAGGAGACCCACCUGGGCAUCGAGCGCAAGUGCUCCAGCAUCACUGUCAGCUCUACAUCCAGCCUGGAGGCAGAGGUGGACUUCACUGUCGUCAUGGACCUCCACACGGGGAUGGAGGAGUUCUCCCGCGGCAUGAGCGAGCUUGGCGAGAGGGACCGAGCGCCCGAGGUGGGUCGGGAUGACUUCGAGGAGACCUCCCGCUUCUACUCCGCUCGUCUCAUGGCCACACAAGACAAAUCCCCUGUUGAAGACAGACACCCUGAAGAGCGCGUGCCCCAUGAGCCCCCAGUCGCCAAGAAAGACCCCAGUGCUGUGAGUGCUGCCCAGCUUCUGAGGAAGGCCGAUUCAAAGACGGAGACGCAACCCAAUGGGUCAGAGGUCACUACCACCAUCAUGGAACUGUCAGGACAGACGGAGAGUGAUAUCAAUGGACAGGAGGCCAAAGUCCACAGUACUGACAUACAACCAGCAGAGGGCGACCUGAGCCACAGUAUGAGCAGUGGAAAGGAGUCCCAUCCUCCCGGUACUGAAAGUGGCUCACCUGGGAAGAUGAGUACUCUGGGGAGGGAGGCUGCUGUGUCCCCGCUGACUGUCACCACGGAAAAUGUUACCUCAGCAACCACAACGCAUGUUACCAAGACAGUGAAAGGGGGAUACUCAGAGACGAGGAUCGAGAAAAGAAUCAUCAUUACAGGAGAUGAUGAUGUGGACCAGGACCAGGCCCUCGCCAUGGCAAUACAGGAGGCUAAGCAACAGCACCCUGACAUGCUGGUAACUAAGGCAGUGGUUGUCAGGGAAACAGAAUCUUCCUCUGAAGAGAAACACAGGAAAUCUGAGUCCUGAUUUCUCUUGACUCUGCCCCUGAUUGGGCCGCUGGGAAAGGGGACAGGAGAGGAGCCUGACCUGCAACUGCUCGACCACUGCCGCGGGUCCCCAAAACCACACGCCCACACCCACCUUCUUCUGCUUGUGCAGCAAGAACACCUGACCUGCACCCGCACCCACAAAACCUGCAUCCAGACUCGCCUCUGUGUCCGCUUCAUAUACUUCCUCUCCUGCCCCUCCUGCCAAAACCAACUGUGAGAGGGCCUAAAAGACCCCCUGCCCUUAACCCCCUCAGACCAUGUCCACCCCCAUGGCCUGUCACCCCCUCACCCAGAGUGUCCUGCUGAAAUAAAGUCUGAAAUGUUUUUAGUUCCUCAAAGUCAAACCUGCAUCUCACAUAGAAGUGAUAAAUUAGGCAUUUCUGUUGAAUUGCACUGUUGAAUUUGAGUUACCCCUGGAACUGUAAUGCUGGCUUCAGGUCCAGAGACCCUCACCUAGGCUCAUCCAGUACAAUGGCUUCCAGUGAAGUGUCACACCCAGCUCCCCUUGUCAAAGAGUAGCUAUUUUUCUACCCAGCCUUGUCCAGUUCAGAUGGUUAGUUCCCUUGAGAUAUCUUGAGAUAACUUACAUAGCUAUACCUCCCUGACCAAUUGGUUUUGAAUAAUCCAGAUAUAUUGACCAUUGCAUGGUGAAAGUUUUCAAAUUCCAUAGCCCUCUAAAGAGUUUCCAUGGAGACCCUCCAUUCUGCUCAAUCGAUGCUUAUAACACGCAUGAAGAGUGGGAUAUGAUUCUUUAGGGGGGUGGGGGAGCGGGGUUUUUGGUGAGGUCUGCAGCGAUUGCUAGCUUUUAAUGCUUGCUGUCGCAAUAUGACACAUAGGAUCCACAACAGUCUUAUUAGCUUUUUAAACAUUUUUAAUAAUAGAAGAUCAGAUUUCAGUCCGGUGUUUUGCUUGUUCAUGAAGAUAAAUGUAUGUAUUGAUUAGAUUCGCAAACGUGUAUGCAUGUGUGAUAGCAAAUCUAAAAUAGUUGAGGGGGUGGCAUCAAAACAAAACAUGGCACAUCCCAGAAUUCCACAGUACACACUUGGGGGGCAGAGUCUGCCUGUAAGACUGAGUGGAAAGCUGCCAUAGUGCACUGGACUCGUGGAGCAAAGCAGAGAGGACGGCAGAGGGAGAACAUAUCACACAUCACACAUCACACAUCAAAACUGCUCCUAUGGUAGGGCAGGGAGCUGAAUUCUCCUUUACCAGCUUCAGCUCCACCUGCCAUUCAUACUGGACUCAGCUAACAAAACAGUCUCUUACAUGGUUUUCCUUUAACGCAGGCUUUAUUCCAAAAAUCUGGGUUCCUCUCUCCAAGCACCCCCCCCUCCCCCCCAUCAUGUUUCUUCCGAGAAUCCACCCUUGCAUUCUGUUGCAACCAUUUUCAGUUGAUACGUAUGUCAUGUAGUCUUGGUACAAUUGGACUUCUAAAGCAAUUGUUAUGUAUAAACGUUUUAUCAAUUGAUUUUGAAAAUGUGAGAAUAUGUUUUUAUCUUUUUUUUUCUAUUUGAAUUUUAUUCCAGCUGUUUUUAAGUUAUGGUGUAUGCAUUUAACAGUUGUAUUUAUAAGAAUGGUGAACGUGAGACCUGAGGUUUUCCCUUCCUAAAGGAGAGCACCGCCUGUUUUCUUGAUUCCUUUUGAGACACAGCUAGGAUUCACAGAGUGAGUACAAGGCCAUUGCACCGGCCUCAUCCUUGAAGUAAUGGGGAUAAAACUGCAGUAGUUAAACUAGGUACUCCUCAUUGUUCAGCAUAAUGCAGCCCAUUGCUGGAAGGCUGACCUCCUCGAUCCGAAUAAAGUACUGCACACGCAGAUACAUAAAACAUGAACCCGAGAGUGCUUUAGGUAAUAAAAUGCUUCAUGCACCUUAGGCAGAGUGGUGUUAAUACUAGGAGAUAAGUACCAACAGUUGGCCCUGCUAUGUACAUACAAAUUCACACACUAUACUUUAAGAUGUGCGAAUAUUGGAAUGAUGGCUGGGGGCAUCUCUUUUGUAAGAUAAGUUCAGUAUCAAUGCCUCCAUGUUUGUAUUGCUCUCAUAGUAUCAUCACAAACCAUAACUUAAAUUUAUUUUAAGACAUAACAGUUGGAAAUCAUUCCUCUAAAACUGAGGUUGGUCAGGUAAAGUGCACAUGGUUCACAGCUACUGUACACAAGCAUCCAUGGCUUUGUCUGCUCUUCAUUCACCCUCUGGAAGGGGACGGGAAGACCCUCUGCACUCUGUCUUACCUGCUGUUGAGUUGUAUCUCUGUGAAACAUCCUGAUCUGACUAUGGAUUACAUUCUGUGUUUAAGUCAAAUGACACUGGAGUCCUUCUUUGCUGUCAAGGUGCUUGUUUGCAGUGAGUAGCGAUGCUGUCGGCAAUGAUACUAUGUAUAACUCUCCUGUUCUUCCCACAUUCUGUUCUCAUUUAAAAAAUCAAAUGAAAGACUUAUUUAGAGUUACGUUUAAAAUUGAAUUGAUCUGGUAUAUGGAGAAGAGAAAGGGCUUUGCUUUGCAUCUAUGUAAAUCAGUUAACUGGUAACCAUAUACUAAGUGAAUGAGUCAUUAACAACAGUGAGGAAGUGGUUCGCAGCUUACAUUGUUUAUUUAGAGUCAGUGCAAAGACUCCAAACAAAAGGACUGUUACAGCACUAUAACAUAAUGCUGUCAUACUAAUAAUGGGUGCCUUACCGUCAUGAGUCACAGUCACUGUGUGAAACGGGCAUAAACAGUGGCCUGGACUGAUAUGAAAGCUUGAAGGUCUCCCAGGGGCUACUUAUUUAAAGGCCAAGUGCCUUGUAUUUAUUGGCAGUUGAGGCUUGCUGAGUUUGAAUUGUUGAAGUGUUGGCCUGCUGUGCAGUCUCUGGCUCUUAGCAGAUGGGAGUGGAUGACAUGUGGCCUUCGGUUUGAGCCCCACCCAGAUAGGAGAGCAGUGUACUGAUCAUAUCCCAGAGACGAAUGAGUUUGGAGGGGGCUGGAGAGGAAUGUGUAUCAUUGCUGACAGUUAAAGAGGCCCUGUGUGGAAGGGUUUGUGAUGCAUUAGGUCCAUAUAGUGCCAACCAAAACUCUGUGAACUUCUGGAAAAAAAAAAAAAUUAUAUAGAUGACGUAAAGCAACGCACUGGAUGAAAGUGAAUCCCAAUGUGAUUCCCAUUGCUCUGUGCACGGCUAGUAGAAACACUGAUCUCCCCAACAUGUUUUUCCUUUCCCCUGCCAAUUCAUUCCUCCCUUUCUCUACAUUGCCCCCUAGUGCUUGGUGGUGUGUGUUUGCUGUAUUUGCAUUCA